UCAUGUGUGCGUUACGUUAGAUACAUAUAUUCAGUUUCAGGCCGAAUCCUGUAUGUACACAACAAUUAACUAUUGUGACAGACUAUUGAAAUGAGACAUACUUCCUUAUUCGAAGAUUUAAAAUUUGUACAAUGACUUAUUUUCGAUGGGGAAUAAAACAAACCUAUUCCAGAGGAAAAUCAGUCCAAGGUUCAGGCAAAUACGCAAGUCCUAGGUCAUGUAUGAUUGGUGUACAAUGUGUGUGUUUCGUGUUAUACAGCUUAGUAGGAUUGACAUACAACAGCCAACCUUGUCUGACAUGGCAAAUUGACGAUGAUGCUCUACAUCUUAUCUGUAGAUUAAAUGAUUCAUCAAAAUCAGUGUCAUUUCUUGAUAAAUUCAACAACGAACAAGUUGUUUGUAGUUUAAAUGGUUCAGCUUACAAUUGUACCUAUUCACUUGAUGGCCUAACUUCACAUGUAAACAUAUCCAGGUAUACUGCUGUACUUACAAUAUUAACGACUGACGCUUAUACAAUUAAUGGAACUUGGACAUGCAGGCAAGGACGUUCGAUGUAUACAACGGAAGUUUCAAAGUCGAAAGGUAUAAUUGAUAGCACAGAUAUGCAAAUCAAAGGCAAAACUGUGAAAAUAUCAGGGAUAUAUAGCGCAGUACAAUUGGUUUGUUUUUCAUGUAUAGAGCCUGACCGAUAUAUUGCAGAGUUUCUGAUAGACAAUCGAUCAGUUGAUAGUGUUAGAUACAACGUAGCGUCACACAAGUGUUAUCAUUUUAAUGGGCAGUGUCGUGAAGAUGUUACCUGCAGCUGUUCAGUAAACUCCUUUACACGCACCUUUAAUCUUACCGAUGACCGUACUCCUACGUAUUACUCAUGUGAAAUGAUAUUUAAGGACUCUGGAAAAUCAUCAAAAUUUUCAAAGCAUGCAACACUGUUUUUCAACGGCAGUGAUUUGGUAGAUAUGAAAACACGCACAACUGUAAUAGUUAAGCCUAAAUUAGAUGACAUGUCUUUCUUAGCCAAUGAAAAUAGUACAGGGUCUGGAGUAACACAGAAAAGUGUAAACAAAGAAAACGUUGGAGCAUGGGUAGGAACAAGUGUUGCUGUGCUAAUUAUCGUUUUGAUAUUUGGAUCAGUAAUUUAUGUUUGUGUACGUUCUGCAAAUAGAACAGACGUUAAAGAUAAAAUAUCAAGGAAAGAGAACAUUUGUUUACUUCCAAAACACGAAGUAGGUGCGUGUAAAAAUAUAGAAGACUUGAAAGUCCCUACAGAUGAAACAUCUUUUGAAGUUCCGUUGCCUUUAAAAUGUGAACCAGAAGAUAAGUGUACAAGUAAAGAAUACUUGAAAGGACUAGUAGAUGAACAGACAAGUACAGACGACUUAGUGGAAACAACUAUUUCGUCAGAACUGGAAUACGCACAAACAGAUUGUGCAAAAAUAACAAAACAAGAAAUAAACUAUCUUUUGGUUGUUCACCUGGUUACAUGUCUAGCUGUAUCCACUGUUCGCCAUGUUUUUGAUAAAGAAUUCUAUCCAGGAAGACUGACCGACAUCAUCAAAAAAAAUACGAAUACACUUGAAAAACUCAGACAAAAGAAUCGAAUUACCAAAACACAAUUUUAUCUUUUAACCAAAGAUAGUAGUUUAACAUCGGAAAAGCUCGAUCUUCAACUUAUGAUUUGCCUUCUUAGAAAUAUAGGACCUAAGUUCGAAAUAACAGAUGAACUACCAGCGCCGAAUAGAAGGACAGUAGUUGCCAAUUUAUCCAAAAUUAAAUAUUACAGAAAAGCAGUAUUGUGUAAUCAUAACCAUGGUACACUUUCUGAUGAGCAGUUCACUAAAAUAUGGAAAGACCUAUGCAAGGCUAUACAAGGGUUGAAUGAACAUGCUUUUGAGAACAACUACAGUACAAAUGAAGAUGAUAAAGUAGAUGCUACUGAUGCGGUUUCAAAAGCAUUGACAGAAAAAAUGCAAAACGAAACUAGGUUUUCAAGAGUGAGGACCAUGACGAAUGAAGAAAUUUACCACUUAAGAAUAAUACAUCUAUUGUACAGGGUUGUUUUUCAAGCCGUCCGUUUUAAAUUUGAUUCUAUAUUCCCAUCAUCACAUCCCUUUAAAAUCCUUGAUUUGAGUUCCAACGAUUUUAGGAAUAUACUACAGCAUAAUAAAAGGAACAAGACACCAAGGAAUGAACGCUGUGUCCUGAUUAGAUUAGAUGCGUUGUGUCAGGAAAAGGAUGCAAAAGCCAAGCAGAAUACAAGAAAGUUUAAUUUAACUUUGAUGAUAGAACUUUUAUUAAGCCAAAGAAUUUACUGCAAUAUUGAAAAAAAAGAAUACACUGCAUUAUCAGAACUGUUAUUGCUGUGUCAUAAAAUGGCUAGAAGUGAAAUCGCGACAUUCACCAGAGAAAAAUUUGACACGUAUUGGAAAACAAUUUCAACGUCUGUAACAGAUUUAGUUGGAGAAACACACAAGAAAAUAUUUGAAAAAAAGUUCUAUUACCUUGAUCCUGCGAGGAGUAAUAUUUGAAAUACGCUACAAAAUAUUAACAGUAAUUUACAAUUUGCAUUCACGUCUUUGUACAUUUGUUAAGUAUUUCAUGUAUCCUACUGUAUUUUCUUUAUUCGAUUAGAAAUAUAUAUCAUCCUA